UGACAGUAUAUGUAGAUAACAAAGAUAAUAAUAAAUAAAUAGAUAAUAAUGCAAUAAGUAAUUCGCGUUCAACAAAAACGUUUCUUUUGAUCGAGUAUGUAAAAAAAUUUUUUUCGAGAAUGGAGUCAUCACUAUCGUCAGCAACCGAUCAAUCGCCCACAACUUUUGGGGGUAACCACUGCCAAUAUUUCGUUGUACGAAAAAAACGAUAUUGUCGUAUGACACUUAAAGCUGGAUAUAAUUAUUGUGGUGAACAUCUACCAUCAAAUAUUCCACAUACAAAUGAUAAUUCUGAUGAAUAUCUUCGAGUUCCCUGCCCAUUGGAUCCUACCCAUUCUUGUUAUAAGAGUAAAUUAUCGAAACACUUAAAAAUAUGCAAUGCAAGAGAGACCUUUUUACCCAAAUACAUAAAUAAAGGAGUAAAUUUAGGCUAUGAUCCAGUUUCUCAACAAGAUGUGAAUCGAAUAGAGUUAUCGGAUAUUGACACAGAUGAAAUAUUAGAAGUUGUUGAUAAAAUUAAUAAACUUUACACAGAAUGUUUUGCUGAGGAUAUAAAAUAUUGUAAUUACAAACAUAAAUAUCUAGAAAGUGAAUGUAAUAAUGAGAUAUAUGGGGAUAAUAAACGAAGGCAUUUAAUCCAAACGUCUGCACUUGCUGGGGUGCUUGAAAGUGAAAACUUUCUUGUUCCAAAAACGUGCUUCAUUGAAUUUGGUGGUGGAAAAGGUCAAAUGACUUAUUGGAUAGCAAAAAUAAUUCAAAACAUUGAAGAAACAGAUGUUCUAUUGAUAGAUAAAGCAAGUCAUAGACACAAGCAAGAUAAUAAACUUGAAGAUAUGAAAAAUCGAGUUCAUAGAAUAAGAGCAGAUAUAUCGGAUUUGGUUUUAGAUGAAAUUGAUUAUAUAUCUAAAGCUGAAAAUGUAAUUGCAAUUGGAAAGCAUUUAUGCGGAGCUGCUACUGAUCUUUGUUUUCGAUGCAUGACCCGACAUGAUCAAGUUUCUUUGUCGGGAAUUGUAUUAGCAUUUUGUUGUCACCACAGAUGUACUUGGCUUACGUAUACUGGUAGAAAAUGGAUGGAGUUUGUAGGUAUUGGAAAGAAAGAAUUUGAUAUCAUGUGCGCAAUAUCAAGUUGGGCUACAUGUGGAUCUGGACAAAGUAGAGAGAGAAGAUUGAAAACUUCUAAUGAAAGUAAAAAUCAUGUUGAAGAAUAUAUUGAUAAUUGUGUCGACGGAGCUAAUACUAAUAAAUGUUCAUCGUCACAAUCGAACACAAAACGAAAUAGGUUUGGAAUGACUCAGAAAGAACGAGAGCUGAUUGGAAGAAAAACUAAGCAUAUAAUAGAUUUUGGACGAAAAAAAUAUUUGGAAGAAGAGGGUUAUACUUGUAAAUUUACUUAUUAUGUUUCUACAGAUCUUACACCAGAAAACUUAUGUAUUAUAGCACAUAAUACAGAAAAGGUUAAGAAAAAUAAGUGUGCAUAA